UGCCUUCUGUUUACUUCGUUUUUAUCUUCACUAUGUUGAAUUAGUGCUUGUGUGUUCAAUUAGUUAUAUGUGAAGAUAUAUAGAAAAUCUAUAUUUUUUAUUGUGUUGUUACAAUCCAUGACUGGGCUAGAAUUGUGUUUAUUUUCCUCAUCUAUGAGAACUUUGUAAUUUUUUAAAUAACCAUGGAGUGGUCUUUGUGUCUCUGAACAACUGGUUAUCAAUAUAUAGUUUAUCGACGACGAGAGCUACUCGUUUCGCUUUUAAUCUAUUUUCUUUGAAAAUUGGAUACAGAACUUUGCGCCGUUCUGCAAUUUCCUUCGGAAACUGAUCAUUCAUGUCAAUUUUGGUCCCAGCAAAUCUUUUACCAAGGCUUUUAACCAUUGUUUUAUCUUUAAAUUAAGCAAAUUUGGCAACGAUUGGGCGGUCAUACCUUCGGCCUCUCUGUACACGUUCAAAUUGGAUUUUGUCGAUAACUUUGCGUGGGAUCUGAAGCGCUGUAAGGAGGAACUCUCUAACUACAGAUUCAGUAACUUCCCCUUCUUUCUCCUGGAUACCUAAGGAAAACGGUUACCAUGCCAACAACACAGGAAACCACAGAGAAAGCAGCUGUGCUACUGACAUGCUGAGACCCAUAGAGUCAGACAGCAGCCCUCCCACCGAUGCUCCACCCACUGCCAAUCAACCGUACGGAAGAGAAAGUGAUAAAUCUCACUGGCUCUUUUUUUACUGGUUCAUUUGAAGUCAACGAAAUAAGCAGAACAGACCCAGCUACUAUCGCAAUUGGUGUUUAUGGGAGAACUACCCCUUAAGCAGAGCCAGGAACGGUGACCAACGUAAAUGGACAACGACUUCUAUACACCCUCUUUGAUACAAUCUUACCCAAAUGCAUGAUGGGAGUCUGCCACAACUUCUGGACCCAGCGCCCCCCACCUGACGCCCAUGAUGGCCAGCCCCUCCUCGCUAAACAAUGCAGUACUGAUGAUAGCCAGAAGGGGGCGGACAAAACACAGCUCAAAAAGAGACGCUGGUGUCGCAACAGCUGCCUUUGCCUGUUUCUGUUCCUGGUCGUGAUGAUGAUUGUGGUCAUUCUGGAAGUUGACCUCAAAGAAUGGAUCUCACCUUCAACAACCAAUCCAGCAGCAAACAUGUCAGUUGCGAUUCUGGCCGCCCCUCCCCCAUACGUGUCCCGAGGACCGUACCAUGUACAAUACCCACAUGAGUACUCCUUCAUCCUGGAUGAGCCAGAGAAAUGUCGGGAGCAGAAGCCCUUCCUGGUUCUGAUGGUGCCAGUGGCGCCCUAUAACAGGGAGGCCCGUGAGGCCGUCCGCAGGACUUGGGGCAGUGAGAGGCAGGUACUGGGCAAAGAGGUCUGUCUGUUCUUCCUGCUGGGACUUCCCAGUGGAGAGGAGAAAGAGCAGCUCCAGGAGAAGGUGCUGCAGGAGAGCAAAGAGCACCAGGAUCUGCUGCAGAGCGACUUCAUAGACAGCUACAAAAACCUGACCAUCAAGACCAUGGUGAUGAUGGAGUGGCUGAGCUCUCGCUGCCCCAACGCCUCCUACGCCAUGAAGAUCGACUCAGACAUGUUCCUCAACGUGAACACCUUGGUCAACAUGCUGCUUCACGCUCCAACGCAGAACUACCAGACUGGACUAGUGGCCCGACGGGGAGCUGUUCUAAGAGACCGUAACUCCAAAUGGUACCUUCCAAAGGAGGUGUUUCCUGAACCGGUAUAUCCACCUUAUGCUCUGGGCCUGGGCUAUGUCUUCACCUUAGACCUCCCCAGGAAGCUGGUGGAGGCGUCCAGGCAUGUUAAAGCCGUCUACAUAGAGGAUGUGUAUCUGGGACUGUGUAUGAGACACCUGGGCAUCCGGCCUACUGACCCCCCAGUGGAAACCACCUCCAGGGGAUGGGAAAAGGAUAUACUCCAGCACCUCGCCUAA